AUGUCUUCGCCAAAUCUCCCACCUCCCUUCAUCAACGUAGCAGGGAUAGCAAAUUUCCGCGACAUCGGCAACGACACCACCAUCCGCAAAAGACUCGUCUACCGCUCCGCAGACCCCAGCAAAGCAACACCAGACGGCCUCAAACAAAUGAGCCAGGACUUAGGUAUGCUGCCGCCAGUCCGUAUCCUCUUCCCCUCUUUCCCCUCGACAACCACUGACAUACCCUAUCCACAGGCAUAACCACAAUCUUCGACCUCCGCUCCACGCCCGAAAUCCUCCGCGACGGCCCCGAAUGGUCCGGCGUCGAAAUCGCCCCCUCCGAUCCCUUCCAACCCUACGCCAUCCAAAGAAACUGGACGCCAGUCUUCGCCGCGAAAGACUAUGGCCCCGAACAAGUCGCGAUCCGCUAUAAACACUACGCGAACAAGAACACCACGGAAGGUUUCGUGAAAGCAUACCAAGAUAUCCUCCUCGCCGGGACAGAAGCCUACACCAAAAUCUUUCGACAUCUUGCGAAUCAUGGUGGUCCGUGUCUGGUACAUUGUACGGCGGGAAAAGAUCGCACGGGGGUGUUGGUUGCUCUGUUGUUUUUAUUGGUAGGGGAGAGGGAGGAAACAAUAGCGGACGAGUAUAGUCUGACGGAUAAAGGGCUGGAGCAUUUGAAACCGCUGUUUGAGGAGAGGUUAUUGAAAAAUCCGGCUUUGGGGGGCAACUUGGAAGGGGUGAGGAAUAUGACGAGUUCGAAGAGGGAGAAUAUGUUGGCUACGAUUGAGAUGAUUCGGAGGGAGGUUGGGAGUGCGGAGCAAUAUAUGAGGGAGAAGUGUGGGAUGAGUGAGGAAGAGGUUGAGAGGCUGAGGAGGAAUCUGCGGCCGGUUUGA